AUGUCAGGACGGUCGCCGGAUUCCGUGACUCGUUCCUUGAGCGCAUGUGCGCUACGCAGCCAGGAUGCCAGAAGACCUAGUUCAAAGACGCUGAAGGACUUCCCUUUUGCUUUGAGCUCUACGCUGACGGAGCAGAGGGGUCCCAGCCCUCAAGGAGCUAGCAACUUCAGCAACUCCGCGAAGGACAUCAGCACCAUCCGGUCGCCCACGGACGGGACCAGGUGGCCAGCGGCGGCCGAUGACCUCUUCGAUGCCGUUGGCAGGGAAGGAUGGUCAUCUCAGCUUUCCGACUUUGUCUUCCUCCUUUUCAGCGUUGCCAUCAAAGGUAUCAGAAGGUUCUACGCAGUUUCGCUGAAGGGUGUCUCUCAGUUUCAAGCAUUUCCAGCCCAACCAAAGACAUGCAUCUUGCAGCGAACUUUGUACAGAGACAAGCUCGUGACAUGUACCGCUCUGCUGGUCAUGUCGUUAAGCUUAGUCGCCGCAUUCAGAUCUGCGGGCGUCCGCCUGCGGCUGCUGCGCGGGAACAUUGUAUACUGGCAAGGAGACUGCAUCGUUAACGCAGCGAACGUGCACCUAGAACCCAGUCGGCAACCAGAAUACUGGCGCCACAUUGGGCGCCGUGAUGUGAACUCGGCGGUCCAUGAUCGCGCAGGAGCAGUGCCUGUCCUUGCUGUCUCUGCGAAGAUGCUGGGAAGACCUUCGUUGGCGAAGGAGUGUCUCUCCUUGCCUCUGGUGGAGAGCGAAGCCUCAAGCGAGGAUUGGGUGGCUUCUGCCCCUGGACAUGGAGGUAGGAUACGCUGCCCGCGUGGAGAGGCACGAUUGACGGGCGGCCACCUGCUCCAGUGCAAGCACCUGAUUCAUGCUGUUGGACCCGACUACGACACAGCCGUACGUUGUGCGGGGUCUGCGAAAGCAACGGCAGAAGCUCAUGAGAAGGCAAAACAGCUGCUGGCAGACACGUACAGAAAUGCUUUCACUCUGGCGAACAAAGCAUCUGCAAGAUCGGUUGCACUUCCUGCGAUCUCUUGUGGUGUCAAUGGCUUUGGUGGAUAUGAUUCCUUGGACUGCGCGGCUAAGGUGUCCAUCCAAGCAGCCCUGGAGAAUGCCGGGAACGUCCAGUCCAUUGAUUUCAUUCUGUAUGAUGCGAUCUGUGCGGAAGCUUGGGAGGAGGCGGCUUGCAUGACUGCCAAGAGGUUACAGCUUUGCCUAGUGUUCUACAGGCAGUCGGCUUUCGACUUCCUGCUCCGUGGCCAGGCGAAACCUCCCGGUUUCCGCAUGAAAUUUCAGCGUAGAAGAGCCUUUGGUGCAGGAUGGCAAGACGGUCGCGAGGUGGCUGACUGGCCCCGUGCCGUGGACAGUCCAGGAGAUCGGCAUCGCACGAGAACGAGCGUAAGUGCCAACAGCGGACCCUGGGUCUCUGUGACAAGUCAUGGAAACGAAGCUGGAAUAGAUGAGCUCGUCUUUGGCCGGACAGGCUGUGAUCCGCACCAUGCGGCCAGCAACUGUUUGACGCUUGAUUCUGCACGAGGGGGAGAGCGAGGGAGUGCCAUGCAUGCCUGUGAUUCACAAGAGCUCAAGCAGCUCACCAAUGGCCGUCACUGUUUUUUAUGGGCCUGCUGGGAUGUGGUCACUGUCCGGAUCGCCUUUGUCCUGCUUGUGCUUCGGCACACAUGCUUCAGCAUCGGAAAAAUGCGUCCCUGCCAGAUUGUGGUCAUCGUGGCUGUGUUGCUUGCGAUCUCCUUCCUUGGUCAGGCGCAGCAGCUGCUGAGACAGCGGAAGAAGAUAGCCAAGCAGGAGGUAAAUGAGGUCAUGAAGUUUGACGACGCAUUCGACAUGGCCAAAAUAAGGGCCGUGCAGCGUACUGCAGCAGAGAGGAAGAUGUUGAGCCAGCUGCCGAUACAGGUAGGGAACAGCGGAUCUCCCAUGUGCGUCAGAGAGCUGCUCGGACUGAGGAAGAUCUCGAGCACAAGCCUCUUCAGUCGCCGGAAGUCCAACGAUUCCCUUUGGGGCUCUAUGGUUUUGUCCAAGAUCCCCGGGAGCAAAGAAGAGGCCGAGUCCGAGAAGAUCAUGGAGGGUCGGCGAAAAAGCUCCAUCAAACAAAGUUUCAACUCUUUUGGAGAUGUGGUCGUUGCGGCACAAGCGGCAGCUCGCAAAGAUCUCCUGGACAGCUCGCCUCGAUCUGCGAAAGGAGGCAGAUGCGGGCAGGGGGAGGAGGAGGAACCUUGCGUCUGA